AUGCCCGUCCAAGUCUCCCCACUUACCGAAGCAGACAUCCCUGGUGCUGUAUCUGCCAUCCAAGAAGCUUUUGCAGACGAUCCAUACAACAACUGGGUUUUCGACAAGUCAAGGUUCAGCCCGCAGCGCAAUGCCGCGUCUCUGGGUCUCCGAUGUCAAUGGGGCAUGCGGAACGGCAUCUUCCAGGUCGCCAAAGAAGAAGGGAGCGAUGAGGUACUCGGGGUCGCCUGCUGGCUGAGGCAUCAGAGCGCAGGCCAGCCGCCUAGCUGGUAUGACUGGUUCGAAAGUUGGCGGCUCUGGUUCAACCAAGUAGGCAUGAAUCUCUACUACGGUCGGGGCGGCCUCAACGUCAAGAACUACGCUCGUCGACACGAGCUAGUUUGGAGCGAUGCUCUCUAUGGAGUGCCAUCACGCGUGGGACCACUCAGCCGCGUGGCCAGUUUCAAGUGGCCGUGUCAGUACAGCGAUCUCAACCAGACUUCAGCCUGGCUUUCUGGUAUCGACUCUUUCAUGCAAGCGCCCGCUGACUUGAUUGAUCUACAGCGCUACUACAUAUGGAAGGAGGCCCAGGCAAAAGCCCAGUCGGCUGUCUGGACCGACCCGCGAGGUUAUUAUUUCCUCAACAUCAUGGUCAUCCUGCCCAAAGCCCAAAACAAGGGCAUAGGAAGACUGAUGAUGAAGGCCGUCACCGAUCAGGCCGAUGCAGAGGACAUGAACUGCUACCUGGAGUCCAGUCGUGACGUGCCCAACAUGCAGAUAUAUGGUCGGUUUGGAUUCAAAUUUGCCAAGGAGCUCGAGUGCAAUGAUGACGAUACGGCGAUCAAUCUAUUCGCUAUGGUCCGAGAACCACACGCCGGGCCUCAGACGAAUUGA